AUGAUGGAAGAUGGCACGCUGAGAGACCCGCAGCCAACGGGCGAAUUCGAGGAGGUGUCGACGCCCAAGCUGCAAGAGCGGAUGGAUAAGGCCACGCAAAACCAGGAACGACAACUCGAUGUCAUCUACUCGGGCGCCAAGCGACUUCACCAAGCAGCUGAAGCCACAAACGAGGAGGUCAUUUCGCAGAAUGCCAUGCUGGACCAUGUGAGCGUUCAGGUCAGUGACGCAGAGCAGGUCGUGCAGCAACAAACCAAGGCGGCUCGUAAGGUGGUGAGCGCACACCGCAAGCUCGGCUGCUACUACGUGAUCAUCUUCUUGCUGGCGGCGGCGCUGCUCAUCGUCAUCUUUAUUUGA